AUGGGUAACCUGCUCUCGAGAAAUGGGCAACGAAACCCCCCUUUGACAAUAUCGUCCGACACGGUCAUCCCACUGCACCGUCUCGACGAUACUCCCAUGACUAGAGCGGUUAUCGUGGAGUAUACAAUGAGAUUCGAUGAUGUAUUAGACUCCGAUAAAUUACGCCUAUCUUUGGAGAAGCUCCUCAAUCGGCGUGACUGGCGUAAGCUUGGCGCCAGGUUGAGACUCAAUACUGAUGGGAAACUCGAAUAUCACAUGCCGGAAUUCUUCGAUGAGACACGACCGGCUUUUGUUUAUUCCCAUGUGGCACAUGACUCCGGGAUCGCUCAACAUCCAACUGGCCGUCGACUACCUAGGGCUACCACUAAGCCUACCAUCUUCAGCGAUCCAGAGGACUUUGCGCCUUUACUCCGUAGGUGGGACGCACCCCGAUACCUUGAUGACUACUUGUACACAGACGCACCACAGUUGAGCUUGCACGUGGUGUCUUUUACUGACGCCACUAUCGUCUCGCUUUCAUGGCCACACACUUUUCUCGACGCGAUGGGACGGAGAGCACUCCUGGACGCAUGGGUCGCUGUCCUCGAAGGUAGAGAUGAAGAUGUGAAACCACUCUACGGCGUCUUCGAAGACCCACUCGAGUCACUAGGGACAAACCCCCAGGAGCCUUACGUGUUGGCCAAGCGUCGUUUAUCUCCAAUCAAAGCCUGGUUCUUCGCCGUCUUUUACAUCUGGGCGACCAUGUUCUGGCACCGCGGGGAGGAAACCCGCAUGAUAUACCUGCCGGCGGCGCAUGUCAAGGCCCUGCAUAAAGAGGCACUGGAUUAUCUUGCCACGCAGAGCGACGAUGACGGCGAGAAGCCGAAGGAGGAGAAUAAGGUUCAACCGUUCCUUAGUGAGGGUGACGUGCUUUCUGCCUGGAUCUCACGCCUGGCCAUGUCACACCUGCGACACGCCAACCACGUGAUAUCCAUUAUAAACGCCUUCGGCCUGCGCUCGGUGCUCGCUAAGGACCUGCUGCCCCCGACACAUGCCUACGUCGGUAACGCCGUCGCCUGCGUGUGCGCAUUCCUACCCAUGAGCGACCUCUUCAACAAACCGCUCGGCUACAUCGCAUCAGCGGUCCGCCGCUCGAUUACCGAGCAGGGCACCCGAGCGCAAAUCGAAGCGCGCGCCGCGAUCGACCUGGCAGCGAGCAAGAAGGGCAAGAUCUCCGUCUUCGGCGACCCGACCAUGAUCCCGAUCAUGAUAUCCAACUGGACGAAAGGAAAGUUCUUCGAGACGGACUUCUCGGCCGCCGUGGUGGCACGUCCCGGCGACGGCACGGAGGAGAAGCGGGACAGCAAGGAGAUCGGAAGGCCGUCGUAUAUCCAGCCGAAUGGCUUGACUAAUGGCGUGCCGAUACGCAACUCGUUCCCGAUCGUGGGCAAGGAUGCCAAGGGCAAUUACUGGCUCUCGGGCACCCUGAGGGUCGGCCUCUGGGGCCGCGUGCAGGAGUUGUUGGAUGAGGAGUUUAAUCGUUUUGCGCUGCGCGAGCCGAAGGUUGCGGCUUGA